UGGGCUCUGAAAGGAAGCGGAAGUUGCUGCAGCCUCGAAAGGAGGUCGUUCUCAGCACAGUAGUGUAUUCCGCGGCUCAGGGGGAUGUCUAGCAACAGUAUGGCAGAUCCGCGGCGUCCCAACCGCAUUCUCAGAUACAAGCCUCCAACUACAGAAAACAACCCUACUUUAGAGGAUCCUACACCAGAUUAUAUGAAUUUGCUAGGGAUGAUUUUCAGCAUGUGUGGCUUAAUGCUAAAAUUAAAAUGGUGUGCUUGGAUUGCUGUCUACUGCUCAUUUAUCAGUUUUGCCAAUUCUAGAAGCUCAGAAGACACCAAACAGAUGAUGAGCAGUUUCAUGUUGUCUAUUUCUGCUGUAGUGAUGUCCUAUCUUCAAAAUCCUCAGCCCAUGUCUCCUCCUUGGUGAAAAGAUAACACUUUUCUUUAAAACUCAUCUUCCCAAGUAGAUAGGUUCAAAGUGAAAGGUUUUCUUACACAACAUAAAUUUAAUUGCACAGGUAUGCUAUUGCAGCAUAUUGGGAAUAUUUACUUUGCUAUAUCAAUAAAGUAAUUAUUGUUAAAUAUGCAUUGGCUACCUUGCUAAAUUUUCUUAACAUGUUAAGAAUGCAUUUUAUUUGAGUACAACUCUGAGCCAAGCCUAUAUAAACAAAGAAUUCUCAGUGUAUUUCCUGGACUAUUAGGAGGAUCUGCUCCAUAGAAAAAAGA